AAAAGCAAUACACCGAUGCACUCACGUUUAUUAGAGAAAAUUAGCAAUAUAAAAAUAAAUGAUCUAACAUAUGACGAUCCUUUAGCCAAUGGAGUAAUUGAUCUUGAGUAUAACUACUUCCAGGUAGCUGAAGAAGAAUUUGAUGUGCUUCUG